CAUUUAUACGCCGUAGAAGAAGAGACGGGACCGAAGUAGCUGUGUUUGCCGGCUGAUUUCAGCAGGUACUGUAGUGAAAUAUAUGCCCAACAUUAUGUCAUUAUGUUUUUUAAAAGUACAUGGUAGUUAACAAAACGAUUCGAUACAGUUAGAGAAUCAACAGGGGUUCGCUACAAAGGUAGAAAAGCAAAUCGCUGCACAUUAGCUGUGUUCAUGUGUUAGCACUAAGCUAACUGUGGUUGUAUAUUGACUAAAGUUAUCACGGUUUAACACCGCCUAACAUUUCAGAGAAGUGCGUAUUUGAUACGUUUGUCAUCAGAAUCGUGUCAUUAAACGAUCAGAAUUAUUAUUUACUUUUUGUUUAACUUCUCAAAGAUCGCAGCGGUAAUUUGUGGCACUCUUAUAUAGAGGAUCAAACAUGUCAUGAUCACAGUUAUUUCAUGAGUAGGUUUCUGAAAUCUUCGUGGUUGUGUGCAGUUUUACACAUGUCUCUGCCUCUUUCAAGGUCCUGCAGAAUAACAUGGAGAAGAAUGAGGAGCGGGUCCCUGCAAAUGGUAGUAAAACACUGAUCGUCCGUCACCUACCAGCCGAGCUCAGUCCACAGGAGAAGGAGGACCUCUUGAAGUACUUUGGAGCCGAGUCAGUCCGGGUCUUCUCAAACACAGGGCGUUUGGUAGGUUAUAAAUCAGAAACACUUCUAUUACUCUGAAUUCAUUUGAGCAGCUAAGAAGACUGAACUGUCUUUCUACAUCUCCACAGAAACAUGCAGCCUUUGCAGCUUUUAAAACCGAGAAGGCAGCAGCAAAGGUGAGUUUUUUGAAUGGCGUUUUAUUACCCGAAUAUGUAAAGAGAAAGACUUGCAGUGCGACCACCUGCCUGAUGUUGUGUGGCAUGGAUUCUAGUAGAUCAAUAGAGGUGUGUUGUUGUAUCGAGCUCUGACAAAACCGCGGCAGUACUUUUGAGUUCUUGAAGUCGUGAGGUGGAGUCUUCAUGGAUCAAAGUUGGCUGUCCAGCACAUCCUCCAGGUGCUCAGUUGGACUGAGAUCAUGCAAAUUCAGAGACCAAACCAAAAAAAAAAAAAGAAAAGAAAAAGAGAGAGAGAGAGAACAAGCCAGCACCUUAAACUAGUUGCAUUUCUCCAAACCACCUUUUGUCACUGCAGGAACACAGUCCCAUCCACAACAAACUUGUGCACUGCUCAUUCUGACACCAUUCUUUCAAAACCAGCAAAAACUUUUUUCAGCAGUCCCGUAGCUUUUCUGUUUUUCCUUUUGCUACUCUUUGUAAACACCAACCCCUAUAGACUGGGACCAAACCAUAGGAGUUUCGGUUUUCGAGAUGCUCUGACCCAGUUAUCAAAUCAUUACAGUUUGGUCUCAAAGUUUCUCACAUCUUUACUCUGGCCCAUUAUUCUGAUUCACUUCAACACAUUCACUUCAAGGACAUAAUAUUCACCCGCUGUGUAUCAUAUCCCAUCCACUGACAGGUGAAGAGAUAAUCGGUGUUAUUCACUUCGCCUGUCAGCAAACACAAUGUUAUGGCUGAUUAGUGGGUUUUUUUUUUCUUCAUCUUGUCUUUGUUCAUCUUGUCUUUGUUCAUCUUGUCUUUGUUCACCUUAUCUUUUCAGGCUCUUAGCCGGCUCCAUCAGUUAGAGGUUCUGGAUCGUACUCUUGUCGUGGAGUUUGCAAAAGACCAAGAUCAUGUGACAGUAUUAAAAGAUCCACCAGUAUCAAACAGGUAAAUAAUGUAGAAGCUACAUACUAUAUUGUGUUGUAUUUUACCUCCAAGACUGGGGUUAUGGUGAUUGGCCACCAGAUUGCUAUAUCCUCAGUAGUAUUCACAGAAAUUAUAACAGAGAGAGGGCAAAUCUGUUGUAUUUUUGUUGCUUUAAGUCGAGAUAUAAUAGAGUUAGGAUAGAGGGAGGAGAAAAGUAAUGUAUCCUGCAUGAAACUGAGAUAAAAAGUUGCAUUGCUACAGAAUGGGUUUUUGCAGAGUUGCAUGUACAGUCAGAUGGGCUUUGUUUCCAACUAGAAGCAGCUGCAUUUUAGGACAAAUUAACCUCAAGAAACUUGAACAGACUGUCCUCAUUUCAUUGUGAAUUAACAGUAUUUAGAUGACACAGCUUGGCCAAAUCACUAACAAGGAGACUAUAAAUGAAUAGGUGAGGCAGCCUUGAAUCCUUCCUGUCACAGUAACAUGUUUAUUCUUUUCUACAGUGGUAAAAACAGUAAAGCAGAGCAGAAGAAAACAGAGACCAAGCAGCCACAUAUCCCUCUUGUAGAUUCUGGCAUUGCCCCGAGUCUUGGGUGAGUGUAUAAGUGUGUUUCCUUAAAGUUUUAAUUGCGUUGAUGAAAACUCUUAAAUACCACCUGUGGACUUCUGAAGUCAAAGGGAGUUUUUGUUGUUAUGUUUAGGUGAUCUGUGGUUUACUUUCAAAGUUCCUAUCAAGUCUUUGCAAUUAUGGUGUAAUCUCUCCAGAAAACUGAGCCCACAAUGCUUCCUCGCUUACUCACUAAUUUAUGUGUUUUAAGAAAUGAAUUCCGAAACUCUGCCAGUGAAAUGCUAGAAUUUUGAGUGACCUUAAUAACAUUAAAAGAUGCUGUGUUCUAGUUGAUAUAGAAACAUAGCUUGAGUGGGCAGUAAUUAAAACGGUUCAUUUUAUUCAUUUCUAAAUGCCAUGAUGAAAAAAAUGUCCAUAACAGAGAAAAAAACCUCCAAAGUUAUGAUAACAUACAACAGAUUAUUUGUGACCAGAAAUAUUUUGCUCAUCUAGGAUCACAUUCAUGACGGAGACACAGACAUCCUUACAUUUGUUUCUGAGCUGUUAGCGUACAGCCUCCCUGAAACGAGUGUUAGAAAAAACUACAGUUAAAUGACUUAAUGUUAGAGGUGUCCUGAGAAAUGAUUUGAAGGUGUGUUUGUGUAUUAGAGUGUAUGAGGGUGUGCUUUACAUCAGCUUGAAGGAGGUGAUCCUCAUUUUGUUUGUCUGAGAGCGCUGCCUAGCUACACUUGCACGUUGGAUAAAGUUUUUGAGUAUUUGUCGUCACUGUGUUUUGUUAAAGAGCGUGCACAAACAGUAACUUCUUCAAGCAUUCACUCUUUACUGUAAGACACAUGCCCUCAAACCUGGUCAGAGUGUAGAUGUUUGGAGGCUGUGUGCAGGCUGACAGGAAACCUGGAGGAGAAUCUGAGAGCAGUAGUCAGAGCUGUCAGCACUCUUGUGUCCAAUUAGAUGGUCGGGCCUCUGUUGAGCACUGGCAGGCUGUCUGUACUGCCAGUUGUUGGAACCAGGUGUUUUUGGAUACCCCUCCUCCCAAUACUGACAGUCCAUCCUGCCAGCAAUGUUCUCCAGCUCUUGACAUGAAAUACUGUUACUGCAAAACUGUAGACAUACUUUAUGUGUACUCCCACCUGUUGAAGACAAGACAGACAAAGUGGGAGCUUGACCUAGAUCUGUUAAUCCUGAUACCAGUCUUACUUCAUCAAUGGAUAUGAGGAAAUCCUUCUUGUUUUGUGUGAUUAUUGGAUAUUGAGAUGAUCAACUUUCUACUCAGAAAAUUUACUGCAUAUUAACUAGCGGUGGGAGAAAAAAUAUAGCAUAUAGCAUAGUAUCGCGCUAUUUUGUCUGGUGAUAUCUCGUAUCGUCUCAUUGACCAGUUAUCAAUUUUUUCAAAAUUAAUUGUUAGUAUGAAGUCAAAUCUAUGAUAAUGGAAAAAUAAAAUCAACUUUUUGUCCAGGUUUGCAAGAUGUGCUACAUGAAAAUAAAAAACAGCGUGAAUAAGACAAACAUAAAAGAAAGACAAAUGCUAAAUUAGCUAAACAGUUGAAAAAAAUGUAUAAAUCUCAACUUAAAGGGGACCUGCCACCAAAAUUUCAUACCCAUUUUUAUCAUUUUUUCAUAAUCCUUGAUGUCCUCUGAUCAUGUUUGCAACAUAAUUUUAGCUGAAAAGUUAUUUGAAGGUUUGUUUUAGUAUGCCUAAAAAACCUUACAGGAAAACCAACUGAUUUUGGCUCAUUAACAUUUAUGGUAAUGAGCUUUGCUCUGAUUGGAUCGCUGCUGUGAAGCCUGCUGUGCUCUGAUUGGCUCAGCAGUGGAGGUUCGGAUUUUGGUUUAUCCAUUUUGCUAAUGUGUGCUAAAGUAAGGUGCCCAGAUGUCUGUAAUGAUAUCCGGGGAUAUUUGGUGUGGCAGCAGGGAGGGUGCAGAGGCUGUGUGAUCACAGACAAAAUCUUGGUACUAUUUAGUAGCAGCGCAUGCCCCUUGUAAUAACCCCUUAAAAACUGUUGUUCAGGACUGCUUACUUGUGCUUCCUACCUAUUCGGCUACUGUAAUAACCGUUGUUCGAGCCCACACACAACAUUUUUGCUCUCAUUCAUGAAACGCUUAAAUCGGGGACAUUUUCAGGGACAGCUUUUGCCGGGGACAGGUCAUCCAAUACGGGGACUGUCCCUGGAAAUCGUGGACGUCUGGUCACCUUAUGCUAAAGGCUAAAAAUGGCAGGUAUUAAACCAUAUAUUUUAGACCCCGAGUCCGAAGAGGAGGUGGAAGUUGAAGAGGAAGCCGGAGAUCUCCAGCGGUGUUUUCAUUCAUUCUAUAUAUCUUCCCAUAGUGGAUACAGUGGUAGCAGGGUCUCGCUCUGGCUGGAGAGUGAUGUUGACUGUGACUGGGUACAAGAACGAGAGAGUGGGCACGGCUCACCGAGGACGCGCUCGUGAAUAAUAAUGAGCAAGGUCAGCGCGACGUCAGAGGGACCUGCUUUUUCAAUUGGCCUGGUUUACCCGUUCUUUAUUUUAAACCUUUACAGAAUGCAAACGACGUAACGGUUUGUUUUCACAUUUACAACAUAAGAGGAACAUAAUAUGGACCCUAUCUGACACAAAAAACACACAAAAUUACAUUUUUGAUGGCAGGUCCCCUUUAAGGUAUCGCAAUACUCACUGUAUUGCAAAAUGGUAAAAAUCACAGUAAUAUCGUAUCGUGGCCCAAGUAUCGUGAUAAUAUUGUAUCAUGGGGCCACUGGUGAUUCCGACCCUAAUAUUUAUUUACUGACUUUUAUUUAUCAAUCAGCUUUUAAUGAAUCAUUCUGAGUUCAAGUCAUGCUUUCAUCUGUCUUUAUACACAACCAGGGUUAUAUAAGUUGGCUGAUUAUAGUUUUAACUUUGCCGUGGUAACUAUAGUAACGUCGAGCUAGUGUUUUGGGUUAGAAGAAGAGAAAGAAAAAAGAAGCAUUGUAGGGGGAAGGUUUUGAGGUUGAAGGAAUGCAAACUGUAAAUGAGAGGAAACUCACACACUGUGGCUCCUAGGACAAAUGUCAUCGUUAUUGUUAAAGGGAUUUCUGUUGGUAACUGUAGGAGAGAUUCAAACUUUUAGAUGCAACCUGUUUUCAGUAUCUCUGCAAAGUACAUGAUUGAGCUGCUCGCUGAACUUUUUACAUGGCAUUGCUCCCAGUCUUAUCUGACUCCAUGUGUUUGGCUCAGGAUGAAAGAGGAAAAGACAAACUGGUGGCUCUAAGAAAGAAAAUGUGUGACAUUAAUUUACAUAUAUAGAUAGUUGUAAGAUUGAUUUAUCCCAUAUCUUGUUCAAAAACACACACUAUAUCUUAACAAUUUAGUACGUCAUCAGCGAUAUUGUUACAUCAGCGUCAGUCAUCUUUCUCGGUUUUGUUUACCUGUCACGCGCAUUGGGUAGAUGAAGCCUUGUCAUUUUCUGGGACUUUCUUUCAAUUUGUGCUGAAAAAGAUUUAAAGCUUUAAGUUUCACACUCGGCUAACACAGUGACAUCUGGUGGCUAGUUAAACUAAAGCCAGCUCUUUCAGUGAUGGUCGGAAACACAGACACAGCUCUCUUUUAUUCAUAGUUUUAUUUAUUCAUUUUGACAAAUUCAUAUUCUGAAAGUGUGCACAUUUUGAAAUAAAACUAUCCGUGUAUCUGCUUACCCACUCGUUCUAUAUAUUUACGUGUAAGUUUUUGACAAAUAACUCUCUAACCCAGUAACAGUAGGUCAGAGGGGAGAUGAGAGCAGGAAGUCAGAGCAGUGUCUCAGAUUCAGUUCACGCUUGUUCUGUGUUUAAUGUCUUUCUGAAAUGAAACCUCACUGAAUAAAAUUGUCCUUAAUUAUCUCAUUUGCUUUUAUUUUGGUGUUUGUGUUAGCUCAAAAACAAAUAGAGAGCCAUGAACAGAUUGUUGAAUAUUUAUUAGUUUUUGAUUCCUUUACUUCUCUUUUAAACUGGGUGCUGUGUUUGUUUUGACAUGUUAAUUUCAGCCCGUAGUAACAUGUUUGCUCCCCUGAGCAUUGUUGCGAAGUUAAGUUAUCGAACACUUUCUUACUAAAACUCUCAACAUUUCAAUAAGUCAUCUUUAACUCUUACUUUGGAGUUUUUUUUCUUCAUUCCCUGCAGGACUGGCUGCAAAAUGAUUUCUUUGUCACGUAGGUGGGAGGCAGUUCAAGCAAUACACACUGGCUGUCCCUCCCCCUUCAGUCACAGUUUAUUAGGCUGAGUAGAUUCAGAUUUGUCUCUCAUGCCACACCGAGCUGUGGCUUAUAAAAGUUAUUAUCACAAGGGGGCGAACCUUAGUGCUGACGAGGCGUACUGCCCUCAAUUCCCCUUAAUAAGUGGACCUCACAUCUUGGUGGCUGGUUACUUUGGAUCUAAAGAAUAACCUCUGCACCUAAAGCUCCUCACGAAUGUGUCGCCAUUAUGCAGACAUAUUUGGCAUGUUUUUAAGUAAAGGUUUUAAUGUGUUUGAAGCAGGGACUUACAUUUGCAGACUUUCCCUUUUAAGUAAUUUAGUCUUUUCCUCCCUCUCUCCCUCCUACAGGCUGAAAUUUCAAUCCAAUCCCACUCUGAAAUAUUUAUACCCUCCUCCUUCUAAUGGCGUCCUGACAAACAUAACACACGCCCUCAUCAGCGUUCCAAAGUUUUAUGUUCAAGUGAGUAAUUUCUGCUUUUUUUUCUCUCUUUUCUUAUUUUCAUACAUUACCGGCAUGUUGGAUGUGUUUCACCUCACACUGUCCCUGCUCCUCCAUCUUUUUUUCUGAGCAGAAAUGCAAAUGUGCCAGCAUCUCUAGUCCUUAGAUCCAUGUUGUAAAAUGGAAAUAUGAUUCUGGAAUAAGUGUCCCAGAGGUUUUUGAACUGCAUCCAACCUCUUAAAGAUCAAACAGCAAACAUUUGCCUUUUAAAUUUCAAUUUGGGGAGCAAGUAUUAAUAAUAAACCAUAAGUGGGAGGCAUGAGUUAUGGGUUUAACAUUUCCCUGGGAGCUGUGCUGGGUUGCGUGGAUACUCAGCGCUGCUACUCCCAGCGUUGGCGCCUUGGUGGUGCUGGUGUGUCACAGAGAGGCUGUUUUCCUGCUCAGCCCUGCUGCUGGUAUCUCACUUCAGCCUCAAUCUCACCUUGAUCCUUGUAUUUUAAAUGAAAAUGCAAAAGCCUUGCAAUCUGUUUUACAUAUGGAGCCUGAGUUACAGGCUGGCUGUUUGAGAGGAGCAGUUUAUUUAUACGACCUGCACCCACACAGUUCCUUCUGUGAAUCUGGAGAUGCAUCUAGCUCUGUUUUAAUGCUCAUUGCUCGGUUUGCACAGGUACUGCAUCUAACGAACAAGAUGAAUUUACCUUGUCCGUUUGGCCCAGUCACUGCCAGACCCCCCAUGGUAAGCCCUUUUCCACAGUGUGAGUGAUAUCGAAAUGCUUUCCAUGAAAAGUGUCUGAUAUUUAUUGCUGUAAAUGUGGUUUAUUUAAUUUUAUUGUAAUUACAGUUUAAAUAUUUAAGUGUCAUUGAGUGUCAUACAAAAGCAUUGACUCACCGGCAACUCCUAAGUCAAUUCCUGAAUCAGUGUUUUUGUCAAAGGAGUCUGGGUACUCAAGCAUGAUUAAACUACAUCCGGUAACUUUUAUAAGAUAAGAUAUUCCUUUAUUUGUCCCACAAGGGGAAAUUCCAAAUUUACAGCAGCGAUAAAUACAAAAGAGAAAUUAGGAAUGAAGAAAACUUAAGAGUUAAAAGAUAUUUAAAAAAGAUAUAUAAGUGAGUGUUAUUUAUAGCUGUUUAAGUCAGUAUUGUCAAAAAAAAUUUUUAACUCACUAAAAAGAGAAAGAAAUCACAUAUUUUAAAUGAUAAAGUACCUAAACAGGCAGAAUCUGCAGUAGUUUAAUUUCCUUUUAAUAAAGUUCUGCUAAAUGAAAUUAUAAGUACCAAAAAAAAAAAAAAAAAACAAUGACUGAAGUUGAAAGAAAUCAAACUGGACUUUGUUUCACAUAAUUAACAAGUAAAAGUUAGGAUGUUUUCUGGUGUGCAAUAUCUUUUGAUAUGAGUAAGAUUCUGCCUUUGCUUUUACCGUCUUUGCAGUGCGCUGCAUGCGUGGUGUUAUGUAACACAGAAAGAGACUGAGUCUGCUGCUCUGUCACUGUGAGUGGGUCUACCACUUAUCCAUAGAAACACUGUGGAGCGACACGAACACUGAGCACUGUGCUGUAAAAAUGGCGACUCAAUGAAACCUUGCCGGCAACCUGGCAAAUCUAUUCCUCAAUUGUCAGAACAAACCUGUUUAUACUCAUCCAAACUUCCUGUUGUUAACUUAACACUUAACAAAGUGUUAAUAAUAGUUAAUAAUAGUUUUUUAAUAACUUAACAAAGAUAAAAUAAUACUCAGAUUAAUAGUCAGAUGAAGCCCAAAAACCUUCACCACCUCUGUGAGUUGUCUUUAAUUAUAGAUGUAGGGGUUAGCAGCAGUAAACACAGGGUCAGAUCAGUUUAAAUUGUUAUGAUUUGAAACUCUUUUGCUGGAAUAACUGGGCUUAGCACGUACCUCAGCAGAGAUGUCCCUUCAUAAAGCCAGUGAAAUUCCCUCAGGGUGUUUUCAAUCCUAGCUGUCUUGUUUGUUUCUGCAGUAUGAGUUCUUGCCCCCUGCCCCACCCAUUCCCAUGCCCCCUCCCUUCCCCCCUGAUCUCCCCCCUCCACCUGAAGAGGAGAUGGAGGUGUCCAGUGAAGAAGAAUCAGAGUAUGAGAGUGAGGACGAUGAAGACAGUGAGAGGUGAGGAGACUAUAACUGCUCUAGUUUGCAAUGUGAAUUCAAAUACCAUCUAUUUCAUGACUUUUUGAUUUCUAUUUCUGCUUGGUUAAAUAUUUUUUAAAUGUUUUUGUCCUCUAUAAUUUAGCUUUUAUUUUCUCUUUUAAAUAUGCCCAGUUUUUUAAUCGGCAUUCAUUUUAAGGGUUGUGCAAUAAUUGUCAGAGGUGAGACCCAGAAAAGAGAAAAAAAAUGUGACGCAGUAAAAAAUCUAAACAUUGUUUCCUUUUAAAAAAAUGUAAUCAAUGAUAAAACAUAAACAACCAAAACAUAAAGGACUCAUGUCAGUAAGUCUGCUUGUGUUUUAGAGUACAGAAACUUAAAAUGUUUCAUGUUUAAUGUUUUUUUAUUUAAUUUACUUUAGCAAAGGAACAGAUUUUAACUUUGAGUUGUUGCCCUUUUUUAUGAUUUGAGUCACCAUAUAUGAUUUAAACUUUACUUGAAGAGAAAUGUCCUGAAGCCUGAUUUGCUUUGUCUGAGGUAGACGUUUUCCUUUUAUCCUCUGUCUUGCUUUAUUUUAGGAUUGCUCGUCUGAUGGGUCUGGUCAACCAAGCAUGCAAGAGACCCCUGAGACCAAAAACAUCUUCAAAGAGAAAGAAACCCAAGAUCAAGGAUCUACUCUAUGCUCCCAAACCAGACUCUCAAAGGUAUACCGGGCCACUCAUGCAUGUCACAGUCCUCACGCACAGCUCAUCUCCAGACGGUAAUCAUCGGCAGCUAAAAGAGGAUGACAAAAACCUCCAGACAAUAAGUCCUUCUCAUAAACACUGCCUUGUGUAGCUCAGAGACUUCUUGUCUUAACAGCACACACGCACACACUCCCUUAAUGACUGACCGCAAUUCCUGUAACCUAUAAAUACACACACACACACACACACACACACACACACACACACACACACACACACACACACACACACACACACACACACACACACACCUGAGCGUCUCCCAGCUGCAUGAUAGUGAACUGGGAAAUAUCUGCGGUUGACCAGAACAUGAUAUCAAGCCCUUAAGCCGCUCAGUGUCGGCUUUAUUGUGGGUUUGCUUUAGGGGUUGCGGUGCGGCGUGGUGGUGAUUGUGUGUCUUUCCUCAGUGCUCCGGUGCUGCAGCCCUCCGAUGUGUUUGAGCAGCCCCUCCCUGCUGGACCCAAGAAAAUAGAAUUCCAUAUUUCGGUUCCUGAGGUGGCAGCCAUCGUGGAAGGAAGCGGGCCUGGUCAGCCUGGUGAGGAAGACAAAGGUAAAGGUUCUGUUUGUACGUCUCUACAUAUGCUACCUGUUACCUUCGUGAUUAAUCUAACCAUGCAGCUGUCAGUCAUUUGUGUCUUUUUCUGAUUGUGACCAAGCUAAAGCUGAUGGCUGUGAGGUUCUUGGAUUAUUCUAAGCUCAUGCUUCUUCGUUUGUACCUCACAAAUUCUGUCCUUCACCUUUCUGAUUAGUAUGAAUACUUUUAUUCUGCAAGUCUGUUUUUGUCAUUGAAUCCAACCAUUUCUAGUCAGAGUGCCAGUCAAAUAUCUUUUAGGUUCUUGUACUGACCACCUUGAAGCUCCAAACUCCCAUAAUAUUAAACUCGCACAUACAGAGACAGUGAAUAUUUGGCAUUUUUUGGAUGAUAAAACAGUAGUUAUCACCCAGUAGUUAUCAUACUCCAAUAAAAGUGAAUAAAAAAGGCAACAGUCAUAAUUAGAGUUAAUUUGAUUCUGAUAGAAAUUGCACCGAUACUGCCGAAAAUGCUGGCAUCCGUAUCAGCAAGUACUGGAGUCCAGGCACCGAUCUGAUACCACGUAAUUGAUUAAAUUAGUAAUUUAUUAAAUAAGUAAUUUAUCAAAUUAGUAAUUUAUUAAAUUAGUAAUUUAUUUACUGGCUAGCUCUGUUAGCUCUGACACAGUUCUUUUUUGCUGAUAUUAAAUAGCAUUGGUCAUGUGACAGACGCACAGCAUCAGAGCCAGACACAGUUGACGAGGCCCGGACCCAAUUUAAUUAAAAAAAAAAAAACAACAACAUAAAUUCCUAGAUUUCUAUAUUUAUGUUGCCACUGCACUGCUGUUUUAUACAGUUCUAUUUGUUUCUAUUUCCUUUUGAUUUAAAAAAAAUUGUGGCUGCCUUUUUUUUAAAAUAAUUAUUCCUAAAUUCAUUUAGUUGAAUUGCAUUUGCUGUUUUUUAAACUGUUCUAUUCAAAAAUAAAUGGCUUGAAUUUUCUACAAAGGGUUUAACCUGAGCGAGAGCUUACCACAAUGAUAAUCAUAACACAAUCAUCAAAGGCCUGGUAUGAUAUAUAUAUUUUUAUAACAUACUGGUAUCGAAUUGGUACUCGGUGUUGGCCGAUACCUGCAGCACAAGUAUCUGUAUCGGGACAGAAAAAGUUGGUAUCGGAACAUAUCUAGUUAUAAUAUAUCCCCUCGGAUUAUUUAGUUUGUCCAAACAGCAUCAACUUUAACAAUGUAACUUUCACUAACAUCCAAUGCAGAAAAUUCACUAACAAAUUGUUCCGAAGCUGAAUCCUGCAGUUAUUUGGAGUUUGUGUUUAUAGCAAACAAAACAGGUGUUGAUUGAUUUUCUGUCCAGUGACUAAUUGAUGAUUCCUUUUUUUGUUCCCUCCUUAAAUCGGGAUCAAUAUCCACUUUUUCCUCACAUUUAACCACUAAUGAUUCUAUGCAUCUUGGGAAAGAAAGCAAAUUAGGCUCAAAGUCAAACGUUUAAAAAAAAAUACUUCUUUUAUAUAAUGAGCCCAAGAGUCUGCACAUAAACUGGAAAGUCAGGAUAUAAAGUCCACUUUGGUUUUAAGGAGCAAUGACUCUGUGAGGGAUUUGAUGAUUACCACACAUCCUGUUUAUUCUAACGAUGAAAAAGAAGCAGGUUGAUUGAAAUCAUUAAAAGUCUCUAUGGCUGAAGUUGGAGCCAAGUGUUGCCCAGCGGUAUAUCACAGUUGAAGAAGCUGAAGCUGGCACAGGGAAGAGUUUACGACUAUCUAUGUGAGGAAAUGUCAUUGAGGGCAGAGUCUGUGUUACUUGUCAUCUGUGCAGUUCCCUGUUUUUCUUAUCUUACCCCUCUCUAGCUACAACUCCACUGCCUGGCAAGCUCCCGAGGAGUAAGAUAGAUCUCAAAGUCAAACACAAAAGAUUUCCUAAAGGCAGGAGAAAGAUAAACUAUGACAGGUGGCUUUUUGGAUUAGUCUUGUUUUGCUGAAGAAGGGGAGGGAGCGAGGGAGGGGCCGAGCGAUCCGAUAAACAAGCCAUUUAAAUGAAAAGGGGGAGGUGGGGAAUAGAUAAGGAGAAGGAUAAUUUUGAAGGCAGUGAUCUAGUUCUCCACAAGAGUGUAUCAGAAAAGCUCCCCGACACUCCUCGCUCCACUGCAUGCGCGCACACACACACACACACACACACACCUUAUGUGGAUGACAAGCUUUUCUUCCUCCUUGGAUUUGUACAGGCUCACUGCUCUUAGUAAUUCCAUCUAAGGCCUGUUUGUGUGUGUGUGCCAGAGUUCUCCUUCACUCUGCCUUUCAAACUCAUGUUUCCCAAACAGGACAGGGUUUUGAUUUGAUGACAGCUUUUUAUUCAACACAGAGUGAGUGUGUUGACAUCUUAUCUUCUUUUGAUCACCAGGAAACCAGUUUUCUCUUAAAGACUUACUCCAUCUCUUUUAAAGUGGGGCCCUAUGAUUUUUUCAUAAUGAAGGGUCUACUGAUUGCUAAGAGGGCUGAGAAGUUUUGGAAUUGCUCCAGUAAAUUUCCCCUGCUGUGAUGAUUGACACUGAAAAGGAAAGGAUAUAUUUUUUUGUAUAACUCCUCCAUUUUAAGAGGAUUACCCAGGUCAGUUUGGCCCCUUUGUACAGAAAUAGAGUGGAUGCAGCACUGUUGAAAAUGUACAAACCCAUAGUUUGUAUAUACUAUGGACAACUUGGUUCCGCCUCCCGCCUGUAUAUGGAUUUAAAGCCAAAAAGCUCUCGGUAUUUCCGUGAUUUUUCUUCAUUUCCUGAAACCUGCCCUGCGCAGUAGCGUUGCGCACGUUCAGCGGGAGAGUCGCAGUUGCAGUGAUGACGCUCGGCUCAAAAAGCGUAUCCCCCUGGUGAGCUACGCAAUCCCUGAACACCAAUAGGCUAUAUCAGGUGUCAGUCAAAGAAAAAACAUGAACCCCCUAACAACUUUUAAAAAACGGAGCUUCACAGAAAAAAAGAGGACUUGAGCAAAAACUAGUCUGACAGUAACUAUAUGUCAACACUGCAAGCAGGGGGGAGAAAAAUUUAUGUACUGUGUAAUAAAUUUCUAAGUUUGUCCACAGCCUCAUAAGCUUUGCUGGCAGAGGCGGGAUUUAUGACCUAUACUGCAGCCCAUCAACAGAGGGUGCUGUUCUCAGAGUGGCUUCACCCAGCAAGGAGGCAGACGCUGUCCAUUCUAUAUACAGUCUAUGAUUUCACCACAUAAUUUCACUGAAUUUAAGAAACUGAGCCAGUUUAGAUGUGAGCUACCUUUAAUAAAUAUCUCACACCAAACCAACAUUUUUAGCAUUAUUUUCCCAUACAUGUGUAGCACCACCUGCAGCACACUGAUCAGCUGUCCAGCAUACAGUGUGUUUCAAAAACUGCUGCCAAAAGUGCCAAAAGUGUGGCUCAUAAUCUAUAUGACUGUGAGCCAAGCUAAGAGGCUUGUUUCACCUCUUUUCAUCCUCCUGUUCCCAGAUUAGCAAAAAGCCAUCUGUACAAAACAGUACAAUACAAAAACAUUAUUGAUCCCUAAAGCACAUUUCUAAAAAGAUAGCCCUGCACAACCAUAAAGAGUAUAAAACCAGUUUGCAGCGUAGAAUAUUACAGAGAGUAUUGCACAGUUGAACAGAUUAUUGCACAGUGUAGCUUAAAAACUAUUCAUUAUUAGCAUUUCUCUCUCAGAUUUUUGAAGUUUGGACCAGAUUGCACAGUUGAAUGUAAUUGUAUGAAGUAGAGUAACUUAAAACAGAGCAUUUCACUGCAGCGAUCAACUGAGGAAAUUUCAAAACUUUGCAAUACCUACUGGUCAUGUUUGGCCCUGAAAUAUGUCAAAAAUAAAUGAGUGUGAGUCAAACAGGAAAAGACAUUUAUCUGGACAUAAGAAGUCAUCUUUUGUAUUAAGGUCUGAUUAUGAAAACAUUAUGUUUAACCUAAUUAGUAUAUGUAUAGUAUAUAUUUGAAGCGUCACUAUUUUAAACUAAUUGGACCGAGAAGACUGGCUUCCACUCUCCCAUCUUGAGCUUGUUUGUUUUGCUGAAGAGGAUAAACAGUGUGGAAGAGAUUAUUUCACCAUCUGCUUUUGUUAGACACUUUGAAAACUUCCAUCUGUAUUUGUUCUCAAGAGUGUGUGUGUGUGUGUGUGUGUGUGUGUGUGUGUGUGUGUGUGUGUGUGUGUGUGUGUGUGUGUGUGUGUGUGUGUUGUAAACCAAUCCACCAGAUUCAAUUAGUGUAUGUCUACACAAUAUGCACAUAGACUGGAGCUCCUCUCAAAUAUAAUGAAUAGGCAGCUUGAUGAAUGAUUUUAAUGUGCUGAUAUGUUGUGAAUAUGCUCUGUGUUCUUGUAGGUGGUGAUGAGAGGAAGCUCAGUCAAGAUGGAGCAGAGACUGAAGGGUUCGGGAAGCUUUACCCCACCGCCCUGACAUCGCAACAGCAGGAGGAGCAAAGUGAUGACGAGAAUGAUCUCCCCUCAGAUAUCAUCUCCAGGAAAGAGCUGGAGAAAGGACGCCUGUCAAAAGAUGGUAAACAUUUCAUCUUCUAGCGCAGCGAUUGUACCCUAACCAGAAGAAAGGUGCUCCGUCUGUGGGGAGUUUUACUGUUUUCAUGUGGCUUUCCAAACCCAGACACAUGAAAGUUGGUGUCUUUUAGGUAAGAUCAUUAAAAACACAACUACUCUUGAAGGAAGGGUUUUAAAAAAAGGCCCUGACUUUCAGUUUGAAGGUUUAAAGGUUUCCCUUUUGUGCUUUCAGCAGGCAUCCAAAUAUAUUUUCAAGCAGGAAAAGAAGUGUUUGUUGCAGGCUGACGCCGAACCCAAAAGUUUGAACAUUUUUCAGUUUCAAACAUCCCCACGAUUGUUUUACUCUCUUUAGAUUUUUGUCUGUGUGUAAGCGACGCAGCAAGAAUGGAAACAACAGCUGUAGUUUCUUUGAAAUGCAUAUUAGGAAAUUUUGGCAGUUAGCGUGAGCAGUGAGAGCCAUCACGGCUGAACAAUAAUGAAAAGCGCCAACCGCAGAAAAAGCUCCUCUUCCUUCAAGUUAGUGGAGCUCUUACUGAAAAAGUUUAACAUCCUGUUCUCUUUCUCAAAUUAAAGUCAUGCCAAGAGAGUAGAGACUGAGGAGGGAUGCAGAAUCGUUCUCUGUCUGAGGGAAUGGUGGUAAUAAGCUUCUGCCUGUCCUUGGUGUCUGAGAGUGACUUCCUUCACAUGUGCACUCCUGAAAUUUUUACAACUCUACACCUGAAAUUUUCCACUUUUGUUUUUUUGCACAUGUCCCUUUUAAACUUGAAGUCCUCUCUGCAAGACGGGGGAGGGUGAGUCAAGGGAGUUAGGUCAUGACUUUAAAAGACACGCUGUGAAAGUCACAGUAGCUGCAUUUACAUGGGCACAAAUAAUCAGAAUAAAGGCCCAAUCCGAAUAAAAUGCAUCAUGUAAACAUGUCAAUCGGAUAAUUCUGAUCCAAGUUGGCUCAAUCAGAAAGAAAUUGUAUUCCAAUGUAGAGGGGUGGUUUAUGCAUUAUUCCAAAACACAUCCGUGUAAACACUUAUACCGAUCGUCACUAUCUUACCUGACUCGAUCUUCACUCUUUAGCCUUUGGCUUUUUAUUGAGGCCAGGACAGGAGGUUUCAUUUUUAACACUCUGGCAUAUACAUAGACUGUUUAUAGAAUGGACGCUGUCUGCCUCCUCACUGGGGGAAGCCACUCCGAGAACAGCACCCUCUGGUGACGGGCUGCAGUAUAGGUCAUAAAUCCUGCCUCCGCCAGCAAAGCUUUAGAAAUUGGAUACAUUUUUUUCUGAUCCCUCAAACUUUUAAUCGGAUCAAGAAAUUUUGCACAUGUAAACAUGACUAGUGUAAUGUUAAUAACAUGAUGGAGAACCAAUCGAGACUGACACAAUGUAAACAGAUGUAUGUGCAGACAUCCUAAAAAUGAUUCUCCUUCUUAAAGCUGAGAUAGAUUUAAUGACAGAAUGAGUAGAGGCUCUGCUGGGUCUUUAUCUGUCACAAACUGGUGCAUUUUUGAUUAUUUUUUUUAGGCUUGAUGCAUUUGUCUCUUCCAGAUAAAGGACUGUUGUAUGGGGGAAAAAAGUAAAAACAAAAUAAAAAAUAGAUUCAGCAACUUUCUCUCCUAAACAGUCCAAGGCCCACUGUAGUGAUGAUGUAAAAUCAAAAUGUCUUUAUUUCCUUAACUCAACACAUCGCAACCUACUCAGGUCUCCAUCAGGACCAUCGUCAACAGUGAAUGUUUUUUACCUAUACAACAAUACUAUCUAUGGAAGAGCAAAAACAGAUCUAGCCUCAGAUCAAUUCUGUUCAUCCUGUCAUGUAUGCCUUUUAGCUUUGUGCUGAUUUCAUCUUAAAAAUGUCAUCAUCAUUCAGCCACACGUUUGCAGUGAUUUCUCCUGAAUAUUUUUAACGUAUUUCACCCUGAUGUAGAUAUUUUACAAAAGGAGGGCAGGAAAAAUGCCAGAUAAAUGGAGGUGAAAAUGAAAUGUUUCCAUUUACGUUUGCGUCAAACAUUUGAGGAAGUUUUUAAGAGUGAGUGCAUACGUAAACACAGCCCAACAACAGUGACUGGGCCUGAAUGCACAACAUUAAAAUCAACAAACAGCUGUGUUAAUAAACCUAAAAUGGUACAGUAUUGUUACACCAAAUCAAAAAUACAUAAAGCAUAUAUACUUACAUCAAUAAAACAUUCCUCAUCCAGAAAUAUCUGAAACCUGCACCUUUUUAUUGUCCAGCAGAGUAUGAGCCGUCGUCUUACCUCUGUUCAUACUUUCCUAAUGACUGUGUGGUUUCCAGCUCUAGUGUUUAGUCUUCCUCAAUACAGUAUGAUGUUUAUUUUGUUAAUCAUGGUCCCAUUUAGAGUCAAGACAACAAUCAAAAAAACUCCUUAAAACGAGUGUCCAACAGAUUCUAAAUGAGUCUGAAUUUAGAUUUUUCUAAAUUUGAGCUUAUGAUUGUUAUCUCAAUGAUUUCUUUACUCUAUUGUUAUAGUGAGGGUUCAAGGCAGUGUUGCAUAAUGCACCCAAAAAUCAAAGGUAGAGAAGAAGAUCAGAAACAGAGAGUGUAAAGAAACCUGGCAAGAGAUGAAAAAGAAAUGUUGGGAUAGAAACUUAACAGCUGUUAGAACUAUUGUUUAUUCUCCUUUGCAAAAAUGGUUUUGAUCAAAUUUUUCUUCAUUUUGGUUCUAAAAUGUCUUAAGUUUGAUUUUAAAGCAGUGAUUCUCUGUCAAAUUAAAUCUCUUGGAUCCACCCUCAGGAUUUUUCUUAUUUCAGUAUUUUAGUUCUGAUUACAAGCGAACAGAGAAACGCAAAGAGCUGAAAGCGCACGUGUAAAAAUAGAUCAUUAUUAAUAACCUUCAUGUAUGUAUUUACCUUAAACCAUUAAAGAAGAUUUGUUUUUCUCACCUUUUCAACCAAAAAGGCACAAUCUUUUUUUUAUGUCUUCAGUAUUUGUGUCGUUUAUGAGCAAGAUCAUUCUCCGGUGUUUCUUUAGUGCUGUCAUCUACUGACACACAACUAAGGCAUGCGUUUGCUCACAUACAGCAGCUGUGAUAUAAGUUAAAUAUAAAAAUAAACCGUGAAAGUUUGGAUCAAACAUCAUUUUAUUACAUUUAUCUUCGUGCAUCUCUGAUGCCUCAGUCCAGCCUGUCUUUGAAUCAGUCUUUGUGCAGGAAGGCAGAGACAGCUCUGUGAUGCUUUGUUCCUGUUUAUUAAAUCUGUUUUUUCUGCCUCUCUUUUCAAACAGAGAUAAAAAGGAUGUCUGUGUUUAAAAAUUAUGAACCUGGAGAGCCAACCUGCAGACUAUACGUGAAGAAUAUCGCAAAGCAAGUGGAGGAGAAAGUAGGUGCAUUUAUAGCACUUGACCCACUUCUGUUUUUCACUUAACUUUAAUGAAUAUGACCUUUAUCCAGGAGCCUUCACUUCUAUAUGCCUCACAGCUCUAUUUUAUUUAAUGUCCAAGAAUUUUCUUUUUUUUAUUGAAUUUUGCUGUUUAUGUGAAAUUUUUUCAGUUCAGAUGAUGAAUCAGCUUUUUUCCUUCUUCAGGAGCUGAAGUACAUCUAUGGGCGAUACAUCGACCCUUCAUCUGAAGCUGAGAGAAACAUGUAUGUAAACAGCAGAUGAUCUUUAUCACAUAUAGACACACUUUGUUUGUUACUGUACUCUGUCUUGUCUUUAGGAGUUAUUUUUGACCGGCGUAAUUGUUCCUUUCCCCCCGAGAGUUUGUAAUUCAUGCUGACUGUGUGUCGUGAUAUUAAUAAGACUCUAACCUGACGCAGGGAUCAUGAGGGACAUUUUCUGUUUGUGCAUCAGCAGAACUUGAAAUGAAUAUUCCACCUGAGUUAUCAAGCUGAGAUUGUGUGGAGUAGUGGGCCAGACUAAGCACAGGUGUAGAUGAUAAACACAAGAAUACAGCUCUGCUGGACUCAGUUUGUCCUUCAUGCACCAAAAUCCAAAUAGUUUGAGGGUAAAAACAGACUCUUUUUACUCCUUAAAGGGAUAUUCUGGCAUAAAUUUAAGUCAUGAUCAAACACACCGUAACACAGAGUUAGACACCCCCUUGAGAGAUGAAUGUUGCCUACUCCUUGCUUCUGUAGUUAUACCAACUUUAGCAACAACCGCACGAUAGCAAUACACAGCGGUCUAUGUCUCCACACACAAACUUAAACCUAAAAGCCACUCUAUAGCCACAAAUAAUGCUCAGAACAGCACCUAACGUCAUCAACAGUACAUAUGGGGUCCAAGUCAUAGUUCUAGCCAUUAAACAUCUUUUUAGCUUUGCCUGGUUUCUUUAGCAAAGAGACUAAACACAACUCACCCACUUUCAAUAAGAACGAGACGCUAGGGCAGAACAAAUACCACAUCUGCAGUGUGCAAACAAGAUACACAAGAACUCUGAUUGCAUUUCCAUGAAGUAAUAAUCAUAAAUUUUCCACUGCACUCGGUGAUCGACUGGUCAGGGCUCCCCUACAAACAAGUGGCUGCUGGAGGAGAGUGGGUGAGAUGUGUUUAGUCUCUUUGCUAAAGAAAUCAGGCAAAUGUCAGGCAUGUUUAGAAAUCUACAGCAUCUACUACAUGAAUAUUUAUUCAAAAAAAUUCACCUGUAACAUGUUUCUGGUCAUGUUGUAAACCUGUUAUUAUGUUGUGGUUUAUCAAACCCCCUCACAAAAACAUGAUAUCUGUUUUACAUACCCGCUCUCUGAUUGUCCACAUCAGUCUUUGAACAAACAACAUUGGUCCAGCAUUUUAAUUGUAUAUGAUUAUUAUCUUGUAUUCAUUCAGUAUUAUAGUAAGUUUUUGUCCUGUGUGUUGGACAGUGAAAACUUCUGCCAACACUGAUGGACUUUCUUUCUGAGAGUUGGAGGCUGACUGGCAGUAAAGAAGUACUCUCUUUAUCAUCCAACCUUUAUUGUGAUAUCUAAUUUUAAAUGUCAGUAUAGCCAAACCCACUGCUCCCUCGGCCUCUGUCAUUAAUCUGGAUUUGUGUUGAUUCGCUCAGACAUCAUGAUCAUUAAGUAUAGGUCAUUGUGGCAGCCUGAGAAUUGUUAACAUUUAGUAUUUAAAUCUGAGGUUGAGUUAUGGUUUUGAGCUCACUCAGAUGUUCAAGAACAAAAACAAACAACUUCCCUGAAUUUGACUUAAUUAAACUGUUUGAUUACCUCUUAGAGGUGGCUGUGAAACACAUUCUCAGCAUGCAGGAUGUAUAUUUUGGUGUUCACAAAGCUCACAUGUAAUCAUCAAUUUUCCCUCAAGACAAAAAAGAGAACAAAAGUGGGUCGGAGCUGACAGCUGGGGAGGGUAAAUGGUCUUGUAACAGCACUUUUCCAGCCUUUUGGACCAUGCCAAGUGCUUUUACAUUAUUUCUCACAUUUCCACCACAUUUGAAACACAGUGCUAUAGAAGGGAACCAUUAGUAUUUUUUUUCCAUUUACACAAAUUCACACACUGCCAUGGCUAUGUCACCAGGAGCAAUUUGGGGUUUAGUGUCCCACCCAAGAACACUUUCAGCAUGUGGCAUUAGGAGGUGGUAUAGAAUCAUCGACCUUCUGGUUGAAAGGCAACCGAAUUUACCUGGGUGUCACAGUCACCUUGAUAAGGCCAGGUUACUCAAAGGAGGACUGUCAGUGGGGUCCUUAUCUUUAAAAGUUCAGUGUCCUUUUGUCGGAGUUUCAAAUCUGUGAAAUCAACCAGUUAGAUGAAAAACUGUGUGCAUGUUCUUGCAGAAGCAGGUAACGUUUUCCUCAGUAGCUUCUCCACAACUUUGUCUUGUCUCACCCUCAAGCCCUCAUCUGAUGAUGUUGUGUCCCUGCUCUGGUUCUUCCUCAGGUUUGACAUUGUGUUAAUGAAGGAGGGGCGGAUGAAAGGGCAGGCCUUCGUAGGACUCCCCAGUGAGCAGAGCGCCGAGAAAGCCCUGCGGGAAACCAAUGGCUACGUUCUGUUUGACAAACCCCUCGUCGUCGUAUCCUUUUAAUCCCCUGACCAAGAAGAAAUAAGGACAAGGGAUUUAUGAGGGCUGGGAAUCCAGGUUGUAUGUUGAUUUGGAGUGAAGAGCCGUGUACAGAUGUAAAUUGACCAUGUCUAUUUAUUUAAUGGUCAGUUACUCUGGAAAAGCUCUUCAAAUGAGAGGCCGCUCAUUUGUGAACACAGUGGAGGCUUUUUUUUUAUCUCAAAUGAGGGAAAAAAAUCAGCUCUACUGGCAGAAGACAGCCCUGAGGCACAUGGGAUUUAUUUUACAGAUGCCUGGGUUGAUUCUGUGGUGAAAUAUUCUCCUCCUAUUCACAUCACAGAGACAUUUAAAGUGAUACCAAUUCUUUACCGUGCAAUCUUUCUUUAUUCCCUCACUUGUUUCUUUCUUUCCCUUAAAAUACACAAAGUAAAGACACACUAAAAUCAAACUUGGAUCAGAUGUCAUAGGUCAUCAGUAAAGAGGCAGGUCAAAGUGGCUGAUAACUGAGUGGACCUUUCCUCUCACAGAUGUGUCGUUGGCUCUGCUUCUAGGAGGAGCUGGACUAAUUUCUGGCAGCCCUGAAGCACCAGCUGCUCCUCCUCCAAUAACUGCACAUUAACUUUUGAACCUGUCUAAUGCAACAAGGUUAUUGAUUUGAUGGUGUUUUAAUGCGACACCACCUGACCAAUUAGCCUGAGACAGGUCAUUAGUGUUGGAGUUCAAAGGAUUAACGCUGAAGUCUGAGACGUCCUUUACCUGGAGAUGUAGUCGUGUUUGUAUCUUAAGUCUGUGAGUUUGACACUUUUUUCUACCAGGAGUAUGAAGGGAUUUUGUUUGAGACUUUGGAUGCACAAGCUGGUCAGACAUGCAGAGAUAUUUACUUAUAUUUGCACUUUCUUGUGAUUUAUCAAUAACCUCAAAUACAUUCAGGUGUUGUUUUAUCGAGGCGUCUGCCAGCUGGUGACUUGAGGGGUUGUUAGUUCUGCCAAUGAGUAAAAGACAAGCACAUCCUUCCACAGGCUCCAUCAAAGUGGUUUGCAGCCUGAAUAUGAUCUGGAUAUUGGUGUUUAAAAAUAUAUAUAUAUAUAUUUAUGUUCAAGAGAAAUUAAUCCUGUUAGACUGUGAGGUUGUUAAAGGGGUAUUCUGGUGUAAAAUUAAAUUACACACCAUAUCAGAGAAUUUCCCAGUUUUGGAACAAUAAAGUAUAUCUAUCUAUCGAUCUAUCACCGAGUUAGACACCCUCUUUGAGAGAUUAAUGUUGCUGACCUUUUGCUUCUCCAGAUACACUAACUUAAGUAUUGACCACAUGAUAGCAAUACACAGCGGUCUAAUACUUCACUUGCAAAGCCCUGACAAGUUUGCACGUGCAGCGGAUCAUUUCCUUGAUGUAAUAAUCAUCAUAAAAAUCAUUUUUCACUGCAGACGUGGUAGUUCUUCUGCCUCAGCGUCUCGGUCUGAUUGCAUGUCCAUAAAGUAAUAAUCAUAUAUGUUCUUCCUUAAGCUGUGAAACUCUGCUGCAUUAGGUGAUCGACUCAGCUGUUAAAGAUGAGAGGGUGUAACAGGAGCAACGUAACAGGCAGAUCAAUAACCAUUUAGUCUUGAUUAGUAAGUUUCUAUGAUAGUGGAGGGGGGGCUUAAUUGUAAACUUGAAAUCUGAUUACUUGCCCAGCUCUCGUCUAAACUAAGGCUUUCAAAUGUACAUGCUUUUUUGGAUCGUAACUCUUGAGUUUUAGUCGACAGCACUUGCAGUACCACCUUUGUGUUUAUUUUCACCUCCACAGUGGACAAAAUCAUCUCUACGUGUCAAAGCAGCUGCAGUUUCAGGUGUUUAAAAUUACCACUGGGAGUCUUGACAGUCUUGAUUGCAUUGAAAAUCCUCAAGGUCCUAGGUCAGUACUCAGAGGUAUGCUGCUUACUGUAAUAUCUAUGAACAUCAAACUGGAAUCUGGCUUCUGAACUAGAAAAACACAGCUGUUAGUGUGCUUAGCUUCCAUUUCAAUGUUGAAGAUUCUUCAGGGUGUAGUGGCUCAAUAAUCUUGGUUGUUUUCUUUUUAAAUCUUUUCAGUUUUUUAUUUUCUUUAAACUUUGAAUUAGAGCAGUAUUUUUUCUGCAUUUUGCUGCUCUAAAUCUAAGAACAAGUUCUUCAAGUUUUCUUCAGAUGCUGCUAAUAGAAGUCAGGGUUCUCUGAUCCAAGGUGGGGCCAUUUUUCUGGUUCAGGUUUAACUCUGUUUGGAGCAUCAGAAACUGGAGUACAGGUUCAUCCUGGUACUGAUGUUUUUUUAAAGCAGUUAUGGAGGACAGCCGGUCCCAGUUUAGAUUCAGUUUAAUGAUUUUUUUAGUGCUAGCCUGAAACUGCAGCAGACAGUCCUCACACAGCCUGCUUUUAAAAACGGCUGAAACACCUGCACGGAAUACUCCUUUAUCAACAAACAGAGCUGCUGUCUGCUUCUCUGAGUUCUCAUGUGCUUAAAAGACAAAACAAUUCAUCAGUCUGAGAAAGGAAGAGACUCACGGAGUUCCUGAGCAACACUCAGGAAAUCAAGACACUCUGCGUUCCUUCGGAGGUCUGAGUGUUUUUAACGGAUGUCUUUUGGCAUUUAUGUGCAAACAGCUUUGACCUUUUCAUGAAUUAAAUUCAUCUGAGGCGACAAGUGUCUAAGGGAGGAGUGUCCCUCUGGUUAAAAGCUGCUGCUUUUAACUCCAGGACUAAAACAUGAUGAUGUGGGAAUGUUUCAGUCUGUGAACUCCUGCCUUCAACUGGAGUCAUUUUUAAUGAGCUUGCAGUUUUGCAUGUGAAAACUUAAAAUCUUAAAUAUUAGUAUUUUCAAACCUCUGCAACUUGUGAAUUUUGGGUUAGAAAUCCUUUUUUUGUAGUAGUAGUAGUAGUAAUAGACCACUAUAGACUGUUGAUUAAAGUCACAAUUUUACCGUCAUGGACAAAGGCGUAGUUGAUCUACUGCAUAGUUUUUGUGAGGUGAACUUCCCGCUCACUGUGAUGUGCAGCUCUGAGCAGAGAUAGUAAGACUGGAGAUGAUUCACUCCUUAUUAAUGUUGACUAAUUCUUGCACCCUUAUUUCUACAAACACUUGAAGUUCUUAAGCAGAAGUCAGCAGUCUUUUCGAUUCCUAUAUGUAUGUACUCAUAUACUGGAGUAAUUAACAAUGAAAAGCUCAAAUUUAAAAGCUUUUACCUGAUUAUGUCAAACAUUUUCAGCUUGGGGACCUUAACUUUGAAUUCACAGCAAUUUGCCAGAUCUGCAAGACCAAAACAACAGACCACAGACAGCAAGAGAGGAGUGAAACAGCGAUGAACAGCACAGGUGAGUGAGACCGAAAAUUACCAGGUGAUGUAUACCAGGAUGAGGAUACACUGAAUAAUCCUUUAGUUCUGUAUAGGAGAGCUCUUGUUUUCUUUAUAAUGACUUUCUUCUUACAUUUGUGUUUACAUUUUGUGUAGUUGAGUUGCAGAGGCUUGAUUUUGUGGCCCAGCAGAACCAUUUGUAUCCUUAAUGUGGAAUAUCCUUUGGGGGAAAGGGGGCAGCUUUUUUUCUGGUUAUCUGUUCCAGUCAGAAACACAAGCCUUUAACUGUAGUCUCAGUUUUUACAGACCAUGUGGCAUGCUCUUUUUGUUUUCCACUUUAUCUUGUUUUUACUGAAAUAUUUAUGACUCUGAAGUCCGUCGACCCGCCUUAAAAUACUUCUCGUUUGACUGAAUUUCAGGUGUUGGUGUCAGAUGUCAUCUUCUUCAUUUCUUAUUCAAUAAUAAAAUAUUUUUUUAUUAACAUAACCUUUGUCGUGUUUUUGUCCAAACAUAAGUCACAUUUGCAGCAGUCAGACUAUCAUACCUGAUUAUUUAAACUCCUGACAAGCAAGUGAAUCAGACUGCUGAGGGUGAAGAUCUGGAUUGGCUCUGCAGCAGAUGGUGAGCUGUCAACACCAACACUGAAUCCCAGAGUCCAGAGGAGACAGCAAACAAAGCCUGCAGACUGAAGGAAAUUACCAGGCCCGGGUUAGCUUACCUCUACAAUCCCUGGCUGUUCCUGUAUGUGUGAUUACAGAAAGUAAACCACAGAGAGUGAACUUCUCCUCUCAGCAGCCGUCAGAGCUGAAGAUUUGGAAAUGUGAUUGGUUUUUCUCCUCUGA